ACGGAGGACGAGGGCCGCGGGUCACGAAGAACGUCGACACGAGGACGAGUACGACGAAGAGAUGCAAGGAGGCAUUCAAUCGCAGCGUGUUCGCCGUGCAGGAUUCCAUGGCAGCGCGUAUGCCAUGUCCGAGUCCAGCUCUGUUAUUGACUCGUCUUCUGCGCUCGCGUGUUGUCCGUCACCACCACCCUGCGGCAAUUCGCGUCAAGAAGAAUGGACUGGCGACCGGCAUCCUGACCUGCGCAGCUGGACGACGGAGAGGGAACGUGCUCUCGUCAACGAAAUUUCCUCCUCGGACCAUUCGGUGUUGUAGCAUAGUUUCAAGUCCUCGGUGUAGAAGCACGGAAGAUGUUCUCGUUUUGGGGAUUGAAACGAGUUGCGACGACACAGGAGCUGCUGUGGUUACAACGGACGGAAGAAUUUUGGGAGAAGCCAUUGCUUCACAGGCAGAACUGCUGGGUCAGUGGGGUGGUGUAGUUCCAAAGCUGGCGUCAGAGGAGCACCGAAAAUUUAUUGACAAGGUAGUGGCAGACGCCCUUCAGAACGCCGGAGUACAAGAGUCCGACCUCUCUGCAGUUGCUGUUACUAUUGGGCCAGGGUUGAGCCUUUGUUUACACGUUGGCGUGAAAAAAGCACGCAAUAUUGCGAAAGCCCACAGGCUUCCAAUGGUUGGAGUUCAUCAUAUGGAAGCGCACGCUUUAGUUGUAAGACUUAUCGAAAAACAUGUGGAGUUCCCAUUUAUUGUUCUUCUCGUCUCCGGCGGACACAAUCUUCUGUUGCUCGCUCAAAAUGUUGGCCAGUAUGUUCAACUCGGCACAACCGUAGAUGAUGCCAUAGGAGAGGCGUAUGAUAAAACAGCACGGUUAUUGGGCCUUGACAUGAAAAAGGGAGGUGGACCUGCUUUAGAAGAACUUGCACGGGAGGGAGACCCAAAGGCGAUUAAGUUCUCAGUUCCAAUGAGAGGUCCAAGGUACUUGAACUGCAACUUCUCCUAUGCAGGAUUGAAGAAUCAAGUGCGAAUGGCAAUUGAGGCUAGAAACAUUGACGGUGAUGAGGUUCCUUUAUCAGUGGCUACCGCUGAAGAUCGACAGAUUCGUGCAGAUAUUGCAGCCUCUUUUCAAAGGGUAGCUGUCCAACAUUUGGAGGACAAAUGUCGUAGAGCUGUUGAGUGGGCUCGCAGAUUGGCACCGUCAGUGACUAGCCUUGUUGUUUCCGGAGGAGUUGCCUCGAAUCAUACCGUUCGCAGCAGACUUGGUGCUCUGGCCUCUGAGCUGGAUCUUCAGCUUGUCUGUCCGCCACCACGGCUGUGUACAGAUAAUGGAGUUAUGGUAGCCUGGGCUGGCGUAGAGCAUUUACGAUUGGGAAUGUUCGAAGAGCCACCAGACCAAGAUGAACCAGAUGAUGUUCGGGUUGAUCUGCGACCUAGAUGGCAACUUGGGGAAAUUUACGAAGAAGGACAGAGUGAAGCACGAUCUUUGAAGAGGAUGGGUCACCAUCAAUCUUUAACCGCUCAAGUGAGGAACCGCUCAAGUGAAGCAGAGGGCAGGCCCGCUAGCCAGUAGACUCUUCUAGCAUUUUCGGAAUUACCUUAACGCUGUUAAAGCACAGCGACUUCAUCGGUCUUCUCUAUUGUAAAGCUCAUGAAUAGUUCAAGGCGUUUUGUUGAAGCUC